UUGUUGUGGUUGCAGCGUCGCUGCCGCUGAUGCGCUCUUAACACCGCACCGCGUCUCCGCUUCCUUACCGCGCGGAAAACGCACUCCGCGACCACCGCUCCUCCUCCUCCUCUUCCUCCUGGAGGAUUUUCAGAGCGAAGAGAAGGACGGAUGGUGAAGGUGAUGAUGAAGAUGCCUCCUCCUCGCGCACCCGCCGCUUCCUGAACACACCUUCUUCCUCCUCUUCCUCCUCCUCUUCCUCUGCUGUCAGCGGACACAGGGCGAGGAGGCCGUGGUGUUUUCUCUCUCUCUCUGGAUUAUCUUCUCUGCUCCUGUACAUUCUUCAUCCUGCUCCUCAUCAUGGUGGGGUGUUCCUGCGGGAGUGUGCGGUGGCUGCUCUGCGUGUCUCUGCUGCUGCUGCUGCACCAAACUACUGCUUCUUAUUCUCCACAGAGCGGAGAGUGUCGAGGCAAAGGCAAAGAGUGCGCAGAUCUGUCAGAGAAGAAGAGUGACCUGCGAGUGUGUGAUGACUCCACCUGCAGGUAUGGAGGCGCCUGCAGAGACGACGGAGCUCAACUCAAAUGUGUCUGUCAGUUUCAGUGUCAUAAAAACUACAUCCCAGUGUGUGGAUCUAAUGGGGACACGUACCAGAACGAGUGUUACAGGAGACAGGCGUCCUGCAAACAGCAGAGACUCAUCUCCAGAGUGUCUGACGGUCCCUGCUCCACAGAUCCUGGCUCUGGUUCAGGAGAUGGGGACGACGAUGAAGGUUCAGCCUCAGACGUCGGGAAGAAGUUCACGAAGUGCAGUACGUGUAAAUACGGAGCGGAGUGUGACGAAGACUCUGAGGAUGUGUGGUGCAUAUGUAACAUUGACUGCAGUGGUCACAAUGAAAACCCGGUGUGUGCCACCGACGGGAACUCUUACAACAACCCCUGUUUAGUGAGAGAGGCUUCGUGUAUGAAGCAGGAGCAGAUCGACGUCAAACACCUGGGCAGGUGUCCAGCUGAUAAAGAAAAGGUGGGGAGGAAAGACGACAGCAGUCCUUUCAAAAUUAACGUCUUAGAAACCACAGGUCUGGAUCACAGUGAUGGUUUUUACGCCGGGAUGCCGAUCCCCUGUGCCGACACCUUCUGUGUUCAUGGGAAAUGUGAGAUCAAAAACAACGUCGCCACCUGCAGAUGCGACACAGGCUACAAAGGUCAACAGUGCGACGAGCCUCAGGACUUCAACAUCCUCUAUGUCGUCCCCAGUGGACAGAAACUUCACUACGUCCUCAUCGCCGCUAUCAUCGGCGCCGUGCAAAUUUCCAUCAUUGUCGCCGUGGUGAUGUGCAUCACGAGGAAAUGUCCGAAAAACAACAGAGGGCGGCGACAAAAACAAAACCUUGGACACUUUUCCUCGGACACUAACUCCAGGAUGGUAUAGCCUCAUUUGACGGACACUUCUUUUUUUGAUACGUUUUUUUCUUACAGCCAUUUUUUUUAAAACAAUAGGUGUAUGUAUCCUUUAUUUUGUCAUCAAAAAGAAGAAGACAAAGGACGAAUUACAUUUCUGUUGAUGGGGCCUUAUUUUCUCUGCUUUUUUCUUUGUUUUUUUUUUGAGGAUGGGACGAUUGUGCGUUCACCGUGUUUUUGCGUGUUUCUUUCGCGUGUGCUCGUUACUUCACCGGCUUCCUCACAGGUUUUUGUUGAACACUUAAAACACGUAAAAAAAGUGCACCUUUCAUAAACAUAAAUAGACAAAUGUAAAAUGGCCGCCGCUCUGGAAUGUUGAUCUGUUUCUGAUUGUUUUGUGUUGUUGGACGUGACAAACACACGUGUAUGUCCCCCUGAUGUUGUGAAUCCGUCGUUGACUUGUCGGAACUAGUAAAAAGUUGCGUUCACACCGGAAACAAAGAUCAUCUUGGCUCAGCAUCUGUCGACAGUCAACGGUUACGCAAAUGUUUACGUUGACUUUGUAAUCUUUCGUUGUGGACACACCUUCAUUUACACUUUUGGCCCCACCCUCUUUUGCUUUUCUCUGGCUUGUUGGCUCGGUACAGUGGCUUGAAGUGCAAAACGUGAAACACUUUUACAAAUCCAAAAACAAAUGUUUUUGUAACAAAAGAAAUUUACGACGUAUUGUCCACCGCAGAGACUCUGACAGGAAACUGGCAGGAAGUCAGAAGGAAGAGCGAAAAGUUUUGUCAUUGACUUCGUUGGCGCUGUUGCUGUUUUUUGCGUUGCUGUCGUUGAAACUUGCUGCAACCUCACGUUCCCAAGAGUUAGUAUUCCAAAGCACUGCUACUUUUAUCGCUACUAGCACUUUUGUCGCAUUUGUUUUGCAGUAAAUCUGUCGUACACAUGGUACACAGAGCAUCUUUAACGACUGAUAUCAUGAAGAAUAGCAAACGAUGGCGAGCCCGAGACACGUUUGUGUUUCCGACUUUUUCACUGGUGUGAGGUGAACUUGGGAAUUUAUGUCACUCCCGGUUCCAACUUCCAGAUUCCGAUGUAAAUGGAACACUAGACUCUCUUCUGUGAGCAGUUGGGGUCGACGUACGCCCUCUGCCGGUAUAAGUUUUAACUACACCAGGUGUAAGGUCUAAAGAACUUACAACUUGCGACGUGGCUAGAACUCGCAAGGAUUCCACUUGGAAGGACGUCGGUGUGUGUGAACAAAGCAAAUUUUUUGAUUUGUUAUUUUUGUUUGCGUUCACUCUUCUUAUUUCUGAACUCUCGCUACUGUAUAUUAGCAUGACUUGUGAAAACUGUGUUCCUUGGUGUAGUUUUUUUUUAAAAAGAAAAAGCUGACGUGUUUCCGACGCCUUGACCUCCAAAGAGACGACAGAAGUCGCACGGAAGAGCGUAAAGUUUUGUUGCAGACGUUGUUUGCAUCGUCUGCGUCGUUGCUUGUUUACGUUCCAGUGUAAACAGUAUGUUUGAUUGUAACGUUCAGAGUUGACUCGUGUGGACUGUGAAGGAGGUCGGGUGGUUGUGGGUUUAAUUCUCAGUUGUUCCCGUAGUCGGGGCUUUUGAUGAAAGUCUUUGUUUGUUUGUUUUUAUUUUGUGUCUGAGAGACAGAGAAAUCACUUCACUCACGUUUCUGUCUGAGGUGAGGACGUGAGUAUGAAACACACACACACGCCUGAACAUUCUGUGAAUGAAACUCUAACACGAUCUGUUUUAAUCUUCAUGUUUAAAGGGAUAGUUCGGAGUAUGUGGUACAAAUACCAAGAAACAGCCUGAGACACGUCUUUAUCUCACUGUGAGACUGGCUUUUCCAACAGGAAACUGAAGUUUGUAAACCACUCACUCUCCCACACCAAAGUCCAUAGAGAAAAUCAGUGAUUUUAACAUCACACAGGAGUUGUUGAUCCACUGCUGCCUCCAUCACCAAGUUCUAAUGUUUUGGCUCAGUGGUUAAGACUGGUACCCUGUGUGCAAAAGACAUCAUGGUCGCAAGUUCAACUCCACCCCUGGCAGGUUGUACUCAAUUCCCUUGUGAGUUGCUUUGGAUAAAAGCGUCCACUAAAUGACAUGUAAUGUAAUGUAGUGUAAAGUGACCACGCGAGGCAGCAGAGGACCAGCAGCUCCUGUGUUCCCACCAGCUAAAAUCACUGAUUUUCUCUAUGGGGUUUGGUGUGGGAAUCCUAAUCCUUGUAAACCAUCGCACAUAAAACAUUUUAACAGAAUAAAUUAGUGGGUGGAAAUUUCUAAAAUUAUAUUAAACAUGUGAUUAAAAAAUAUGGUGUAUCUACUGCCCUCUCUGGUCAAACACCAGCUACUGCAUUCACAUUAUGACUCAGAAUUGUUCAAAAUCAGGGAUUUGGUUUCGUCUGCCUUCAAUCUGACGUAGAUUUGAUUAGCGGAGUCUCAGGUUGGUUCUCAGCAGCAGGGGUCGCUCACAUACGACUAUCCCUGAAAGGUUUAACAAACACUGAUUUGAGCCUGAGCGUCACAGAUGUUUGUCUUCUCUGUUUCUGCAUUUGUUUUUCUUUCACUGGAUUAUUAUUUUUCUGUCACGUCUUCAUGUUGUAGCUCAGCUCCUCCCUUUUGUUCUUGUUGUCGACCAUUGCAGCUGUAAUCUUCUCUAAAUGUGACUAGAAUGUGUUUGACAUGUUAAUAUUCAUGCAUGUAGACUGUGAGAGGAGAUCUUCGGCUUCUGUUAUAAUAAAAAAAAGGAUUUUUUUUUUAUUUACACAAAUAGAGGCGUGUCAUUUGAGCUGA